ACCUCGAGAUCGACCUCAUCACUCCCGCACUCAACACUCUCUGGCCAGCCAGCCAGCUCCAAGGCUCUGCGAGGCAGUAGUAGCAACCAGCCAGCCAGCCAGCCCAGAAAGGCCACAACAAUGGCGAAGACAGCCUCGUUCUUCCUCCCUCUCAUAGCGCUCCUGCUCGUGUCUCCGGCGCUCUGCUCGCCGCCGCCCAGCAAGCGUUGCCCCGCGGGCGACCUGCAGGCGCUGCUGCGCGUGAAGCAGGCGCUGGGCAACCCGGCGACUCUCAAGACGUGGUCCGCCGCGUCGCCCGACUGCUGCAGCACGUGGGACCACGUCCGGUGCGACGAGUCCGGGCGCGUGAACAACGUCUUCAUCGACGGCGCGGACGACAUCCACGGCCAGAUCCCGUCGGCCGUGGCGGGGCUGACCGCUCUCAUGUCGCUCUCCCUCUUCCGUCUCCCGGGCCUCCAGGGCAGCAUCCCGGCCUGCCUCACCACGCUCUCCAACCUCCAGUUCCUCACCAUCUCCCACACCAACGUCUCCGGCCCGAUCCCGGACUCGCUCGCCCGCCUCCACAGCCUCGACUCCGUGGACCUCUCCAACAACAGGCUCACGGGCUCCAUCCCAAACUCCUUCGCCGACCUCCCGAACCUCCGCUCCCUCGACCUCCGCCGGAACCUCCUCACCGGCCCCAUCCCUGCCAGCCUCGUCCAGGGCCAGUUCAGGUCACUCAUCCUCUCCUACAACCAGCUGACCGGCCCGAUCCCGCGUGACGACGCGCAGGACGAGAUCAACACCGUGGACCUGUCCCACAACCGGCUCACGGGCGACGCGUCAUUCCUGUUCGCCGAGGGCCGGCCCAUCGGGAAGGUGGAUCUCUCGUGGAACGACCUCGAGUUUGAUCUCAGCAAGCUUGUUUUCCCCAAGGAGCUCACGUACCUAGACCUCAGCCACAACCGCAUCAGGGGUACAGUUCCCAGGUCGCUCGAGGCGCUCUCCACGCUGCAGACGCUGGAUCUCAGCUACAACCAGCUCUGUGGCCCGCUCCCCAAGCUGCACGGCGUCAUGCGACACGGCUGCAAGCCCUACGAGCAUAACAUGUGCCACCGCGGGGCGCCGCUCGAGGGCAGCUGCCACCAGCUGCUGUGAGCGAGCUCUCGCCGGCCGGAUGGAGGCGUACGUAUUUUACAUGUGUGCGUGAUGAUGACGGUGUGCUUUUGGGGGGUUUAGUAGUGUAAACUAGUGGUGACGCAUGCCCUGACACGCGUGGUCGUCGUCCUUGAGGCUUUGUGUACGUACGACACGCGGCGGGAGGUGUGUGCUUGCCGGUGUGCACGUACCGUCCGGAGAUGCGAGUGUGUUUCCAAAUGUGUUUGUGACUUUGUGUUCGGAUGGAGGGAUUCCGAACGAUUACCAGAUGUAUCAAAUGUUAAAUGGUAAUUAUAUCUGCCUGCCUUUUUAGUAUA